GUAGCCCUGAAAACACAGUAGGGCAGAAUUGUACUGCUUACUGUGUCUAAAAAAACAGAUUAGUUAGUUCUUCACCUGUAAUUAUAGCUUUUGGAGUCUUUUGUGGUCAGUGUUUAUUCCUCUGUCCAGCCAUAGGGGUGUAUGUAAGUACAAAACCAAAGAACUGUCCCUUUUCAUUUAGAUGUCUGUGUUGGUGAACAGUACAGAGCAUUUGUAUCUCUAAAUCACAUUGACAGGAAAUUACCGCAGCCGAUGGUUCUUUGUAAAAUACCUAAAAGCAACCUCAUAUUCUCAAGAAGGUGCAGCUGUUGACUAAGCUGAGUAAGCUGAUAGUCCUGACCCUCAGCCCUCAGACUCCCAUCAUUCAGCGAUACUUUGUUAUUGUGAUUUGGACAGAGCACGACGGACUCCUCCCCCGUGGUUGAAAUGCUGUAUAAAUGCAGCAUCAGCCUGUCAACUGCAGUGUCUGAAAGCUUAUUGGUACCCAAACAUGAGGGGACUGAGCUUGGUUCUCCUUGUGCUUCUCCUGAUGCUCGCAGUCGGGGAGGGCAAUGAUCCAGAAAUGCAGUACUGGACAUGUGGGUAUAGAGGACUCUGCAGACGGUUCUGCUAUGCUCAGGAGUACAUCGUUGGUCAUCAUGGUUGCCCUCGAAGAUACAGGUGCUGUGCUGUGCGGUCUUAGCACCGGCUAAUGACCUCUGCAAGAUGUCCCAGAUCGAGGGCUGACAUCUUCAGUUCAGGUAGCCGGGAUCCUGGUAACUGACACAGCAUUCUCCUGGAUAAACCAUUUUGACAACUUCACUCUCAGUCAGUCCCUCUUGGACCCCUAUCAUUCUGUGGGAUCUAACAAUGAGUGCUUUUCAUGAGGUGUGCCCCUGCAAUCAUGUUGCUCAUAUUGUUCCCUGAAAUAUGGUGUGACUGAUCUUGUACCUUCACGAUUAAUGAUGUUUCAUAAUCAAGCCUUUGUGUACAGUGGGUUCCUCUCUCUGAAAUGCAGUGUUGCCAAUAAAUGCAUGAA